AUGACUGAGCGUUACGUAUAAUAUUACGCGGAAGCAAAACACGGCCGGGGCGCAUGCCCGACACCCCCUGCAACGCUAUGCCAGCACCUCUCGCCCCUUCGAUCCCUCGGACGCGCCACCGUGUAUACCCUCUCCGCACAAUCUCGGUGCGCGAGAACGCGCGAGCCUCGUCCGGGCAACUCCAGGAUUACAAUGGGUCACAACGUGAAAAUAGGGAUGUGCCUGUCACUGGUGCUGGCGGUUAUUAACACGGGCGUGGAUUCCGCGACGCGGCACAUGAUAGCCAAGAGAAAUUACAGCGAUCAGAGUGUCGAGGGCUACUUGGCCGAGAGAACCUGCUGGUGGAACGAGGUGUGCAAGGAGGAGUUCCACAGCAAAUUUCGUUGCCGGUGCCCGCGUUGGGCCUAUUGCCGGGCUCCCGGCCGCUACUACGACGCCCACUGCAGUAUGACCCGGACCGGCUACAUCUGGACCCAACCCGAGACUUCGCUGAUGCUCGAGAACGUCGGCAAAUAACAAACACCCACGUUGCGACGUGUGCACAGCUACACCUCGCGACGUCGUGGCUCAUCCGCCAGGGAGAGGGACCGGGCCGAAGCUGCCUCCCGCUCCAAGAAUGAAAAAGUUAACACCGAGGGUUGAUUUUAACACCUCUUGUGUUGGUUUUAUUUUUUAAAAAAACCUACGUGUUUUUGUUGACACUUUGUUUGUUUUCUUUUAAGAAAAACUAAUUUUUUUGCUCGUCACAAUUCGCUCAGUAAGUUUAUAUAUUUUCGUUGGUUUAUACUGGUUUUUUAUGCGAUUCUGGAAAAAUCGUUAAUUUUCGUCAAUGUUAUCGACCGAUUUGCGUCAAUCGGGUUUAAGGUGAUUCCAUUGGAAAUCAGACUUGGGCUGUUUCGUUGAUCUCGAAACCCGAUCAAGUUCGGAAAACAAACGGUUGUUCGUGCAUAACAAUAUGCAUGUAUGUAUACUAAUGAAGAUUUAUUAUACAUCCAUGGGGGUACUAUGAAAUUUCUUAUGCCUUUAAAAAUGUGUGAUUUAAUUGAACGUAAACUUAGAGCAGAUUAGAAAAAAGUUGUUUGUUAUCUUAUAAAUUUAAAGAUAUAUAAUAGAGUAGUUGAGUAGAAAAAAAAAAAAAAAAAAA